CUCGCAAUGGCAACAUCCGCUCCAUCUACUACGGCUGACAGCCGCUCUUCCAUGACCUACGAUAUGGGCUUUGGCGAUUCAGAUGACGAUGAUUUUUCGAUGAAUGGUGACCAUGCCGAUCUGAACGUUGACUAUUGGUUCGGUAAAAAGUACUUCGAAUGCGUGAUAGCCCAACACCUGCUCCAUUCCGAGGCUUUCACGGGAGACAUGGCGAUGAUUGACCGUCAAUGGACAACUACGCUGCAUUCGUAUCCAUAUCGGCAGGUGCUGCAACGACUCUCUGGCAUGAACGAUGACAGCCACGACUUCAUCGGUGACAGUAGCGCUGGUCAUGCGUUCCAUGCCCUGGUCACUGAAGUCGGACGGACCGUUCGGAUAGGACCACGUGAAGGGCAAGCUAGACUACUGCAGAGACUGCGUCAGCCUCUCCCACGUCCGACUCGUGGCACCUCUGCCGGAUAUUGGCACAAUCUUAAUGAUUCUGAUGUUUUGCCGGGAUCUGAUCCUGGGAAGUUCGCGUCCGCUCUGAAUGAGUACGGCCAGCAGCAUGGUUUUGUUACCAGCUACGAAUACGAGACCAGUCCUGGCAAUAUGCAGUGCAUAGCAGUGGCACUAUGUGGGGAAGAGACGUUCAGGGCUUCAGGGAGAAACAAGAAAGUGGCGCGUCAUGCUGCAGCAUAUCAUGCAUGCCGGCAUUUCGGCAUCCGAGUGUGACAAACCCAUGAGAUUUUGAUGAGCUAUGUUGGUUAGGAUGGGGUCUGGGAGAAAGUCGAGGGUCAACCCACUCCUUAGGCAGUUGAAAAAUGUAAUCCGCAAGC